AUGCUUCGAAAUUUUGCCUGGGACUUUUUUGUGAAUAUUCAACCUUUGUUUAGUGUUGAUCGAUUAGUUUUUAUCAAUUUCGAAAAGUUUUAUACGGCGAAAAUGUAUGGGUUAUUGUUUAGUUUCAUGUUUGCUUCAAUUUUGUUUGCGACAUCAAUCUUUGCACUUUCUGUAAGUAAAAACCCGGAAUUAGUAAUAAGAUGACAAUCUAAAUGUCGAAUUUCAUAAUCAUAAUCAUUUUCGGACUGAUUUAUUCCAGAAAGACCAAGUUGAACCAAUCUGGCUAAUUCUCCUUGUCACUUUAUUGAUUAUUAAUCUUUUUGCGGAACUCAUCGCAAUGAGAACAGCUCGAAUGAAAUAUAGCAAAACUACAGGCGCAAAUUUGAAUCAACGAUUUGAUCUAUCGAUUUCCUAUGAGAUUACAAGAAGUUUUGUAUUUGGAACAUUUUUCAAUGUGUGUUUAGAGUUGCUCUUGGCUAUUCUAUCAAUUCUUGUGAUUUUGGAAGUAAUUGAUAAUUCCGAAUUAGUUUUUUCGUUUCUAGAAUCAAUUUUGACACUGGAAAUGUCGAUGUUUCCCUGGAUUGUUCUGAUAUCGAAUAAGAAAUGGAGAAAGAAAGUUGUUUUGACAUUCAAGAAGAAAUCGAGUAAAGUUCAAGUUAUGAAUUUCAAAGGACAAAGUAUUGUUACAAAUCCCACACAGCAGGAUUAUUUUCAGCAAUUGGACGCCGCUUGGAAAUGA